AGACGCAAUGUUGAUGUUCGACAAACAAACAAAUCGACAUCGAGGUUUCGGCUUUGUCACAUUUCAGAGCGAAGAUGUCGUCGAUAAAGUUUGCGAAAUUCAUUUCCACGAGAUUAACAAUAAAAUGGUGGAAUGCAAGAAGGCGCAACCGAAAGAAGUGAUGCUACCCGCCAACCUGGCUAAGACCCGCGCGGCUGGCCGCGGCGCUUACGAUUUUAUGUGGUCUCUGGGUGCUCUUCCAGACGGUUUCCCAGCCGCCGCUUACGCAGCGUACGCGGCCGGCCGUGGUUACUCGGGCUACCCUAGUUUCGGACUACCCUACCCCACAGUUGACUUAACCAACGGACAACUGACACCGAACAAUAACACACCACUGCUGACUCAGGCCUUGUCAGUGAUGAACAACUACCAGGCGGCCGCGGCGGCCCAGGGCUUCGGCCCGCCAGCCUCCCCGCACGCCGUGGCGCAGGGCACGCGCGGCGCCCCCUUCCCCGCCGCCUCCAGCCCCGGUCCCGCCCUCGACAUGUACAGCGGCGGCGGGGCGCCUGGCGGGCCCCAAGACAGCGGCGUCGGCUACGUGCAGGCGGCCAGCCCGCAGCCCUCCACCUUCCCGGCCAUCGCGGUCAGUCGGGCGCCGCUCAACUACAGUCCGGUGAGUCUCAAAGUUGUUCCAGGGCCCGCUGAUUCCGGCAGCUUUUACCAACGGCUACCACUGAGCUGCCUGUGGCGCCCCACCUAGAACCGCCCCCACCCGGUCCUCAUCGGCAGCUGCAGCUGUGAUCGCCAAGCCAUCACGACCCAACCUGCACUUGUACAUUCACUUCUAUAUUAUGUAUAUUGAUAAUGAUAUAUAUAUUGAGUACUUCUUGGCACCCGCUGAGCGGUUAACACUUGUUGUUGUAUAUGUUUGGUGUUCGCGACUUUCGUUCGUGUCACACGAGCAAGCGACCACUACAAGAACACUAUCUUUGAAGGUAAUCGAUUCUUAAACUGUUUUAUUUUUGCUUAAAUGCUUCUAAUUUUAGGUAUAUUAAAUGUAGAUUCAAAAGACAACUUGUUUAAUCCAAACAUGAUAGUUAAAAGAACUUCUAAAAGCAUCACAACCAUAGGCAUUUAACAAAGAAGUCAAAACUAUUUAGAGUACCUCGAUCCAUACUGUAGCUAUGGGGCAUCCGUAAAGUGGGAAUUCAUGUCGACACAGCAAUUCAAGGGCGUGCUAUAAAUAUUUUAAAUUACAUUACUUACUUAUACAAACAUUUCAAAAAUACAAUCAGUUACUACAAAUCAUUAUUACAAAAAAAAUAUAAAAACAUAAAUGUAUAGCUAUACGAUCUUGAAUUCCCAUAUAAUAUUACUAUAAUAGAGAUAAAUUAAAAUUAUUUUAUUUACAACCACAUAUAUAAUACUGACAUUACUGACUUUUAAAAAAUUUGAAAGUGUCAAAUUAUCUACAUUUUUUCCCUCUUCCAUUUCCCUCACCCAUUUCCUUCAUCCCCAUUUCCCUCACUCGGUUUAUCGUAUUUCUCGACUCAUUUAAAAUCUUGUAAUAUCUUUAUUAAAUACUUAUCUAACAUCAACAAAAAUAAACAAGGAGAUACAAUAAUAAUUGAAUAUUUUAAUACAUUUAUUUGUUGAUGAUAAAAAUGCUAGACUUCUUUGGCUUAAAACCUACAUCUUGGCGUUUUAAAAAAGCGACCAGUUUGUGAGAUUUUGAUAUGUCAGUCUUUUCCCUUAAUUCUAGCAUUGUCUGUAUCAUGUUGUACGUACCUCAAAGAGUAGAUGGCUUUUUCCGCCUUGCCAUGUCGGUAAAAUAUGCCAUCAAGACUAUCUCCGAAGCAAU